AGUAAAACAACAUUGUGAGAUGAGAUGAAAGAAAAUAAAUUAAAUUAAUUUCAUAAUCUACCUAAAACAACAAAUAAUUGCAAACAAAUUCGACAACAAACGCGGUUUAAACAAACUGUGAGUGGUGAAAGAAAAAAUUAAUAAAUAAUUAAUUAGUUUCUGUAUGAGUCAAAUAACAAUAAUUUUGUCAUACAAUACAUGACAAAUGAUCGAACAGUAUUUUUAGAUUUAAUAAAAAGAAAUAGACUAAAAUAAAAUUAAAAUAAAUAAUAAACAUGAUUCGUGAUCGUUUGCCAGAACUUAAAGAGGUGGGUUGUACAUUCCACGCUUCUACCGAAUCCCUGGUUCUAAUUGAAAUGGAGGAUGUAGAAGAAGAAGUAGUUCGUUCGCAUAGUCCGGUAAUGGAUGCUUUACUCAAAAUGUACAAUGAAAUACUCCUUGAAAUCGAACAAAUAUUACAGAAUAUCGAAACGAUGAAAAUAAUGACUCAAGCCAAAAAUGCCAAAAAUUUUAAAGAAAAAGAAUUUUAUAAAUUACGUCAAGCUACCAUACAGAUUGGCAAUAAUAUUAUGAGUAAAUUUCAAAUGAUUGAAAGCACACUGCCACCGGAAAAUAACUACACAACAUUGGCUCGUAUGAAACGUUCCUUGUAUUAUGGGUUUUUCCAGCAUUACGUGAUAAUCUGGAGUAAAAAUGAUGAAUUUUUCCAUGAGUAUGAAAAUAAAUUGAAGAAAAAUCUACAAAUGCAAUCGAAAAUAUUAAAUUAUGAUCUCACAGAAGAGGAAAUUGAGACUCUAGUAGCACACAAGCAAACGACUUUAUACACCGGUAAUAUCCUAGAAACAGAACAUGCCCGCAAAACGUUGCAAGCUCUGAAAGAUCGUUUGGGAGAAUUAAAAAAAUUGGAAAAGUCAAUUGAAGAAGUUCAUACGUUAUUCAUACGACUGCAAAACUUAGUAGUAGAUCAGAGUGUCAUUAUGCAACGCAUUGAAAAACAUUUCGAUGAUGCACGCAAUUAUGUGGAAGAGGGAACCAAAGAAAUUAAAGAAGCAGAAAUUAUCCAGAAAAAGACUCAAAAAAGCAAGCUAAUUUUUAUUAUAGUGGCCAUAGUUGCAGUAACGUUAUUUUUACUUAUUGCUCUAUUGCUACGAUGAGUUAUCAAACAACAUCAAAAGUUGAUGUAGAGAGUUCAAUAAGUCUUUUUAUCGC